UGGCAUCCAGAGGAGUGAAGAAAACUACAAAAUUUGCAAAAAAAGCUAUGGAAAAAAUCAAACACCCACCUUUUUUAAAGGUGAAUAUCCCGGCCGGAAAAGCUGCCGCAGCUCCUCCUUUGGGACCACAGCUAGGACAGAGAGGCAUUCAGAUAGCAGCAUUUUGUAAAGACUUCAAUGAGAAAACCAAAGAAAUUAAACCAGGAGUACCUCUCCCAACAAGGAUAACUGUGAAUCCUGAUCGAAGCUUCAGCAUUAUGAUGCAUCAACCUCCAGUUACUUAUUUUCUCAAGCAAGCUGCAGGUAUAAAGAAGGGAGCCAUGAAAGCAGGACAAGAAACAGCAGGAAAGGUGUCCUUGAAGCAUAUCUAUGAGAUUGCUUCAAUAAAGUGUCAGGACCCAACCUUUGAAAAUAUCUCUCUCCAAGAAGUGUGUAAGCGAGUGAUUGGGACAGCUCACUCUAUUGGUGUAGAAGUUGUCCAGCAUUUAGACGCAACAGAUUAUGCCCAGUUUUUAGAAGAGAGGCAAGAAAUUGUUGAACAACAACAAGAAGAGCUAGAAGAACUGAGACAGUCCAAAAUGUUAAGAUUAUGAUGAAUUUCUCUACAGACUUGUACAUACAUUUAAGACACAAUUGAAGAAAGAAUUGAUGGUAUAGUAAAUAUCUCUGAAGUGUGCAUAGGAUUUUAGAUACUGUUGUACUCUUGAAGACCUGUUUACAGAGCCGGAGAAGUAUUGGCAUCUGUUUUCACCAAAACCUCCUUACAACUCACAGUAUAAACAUCUACAUGAUGUGCAAUCAUUUUCUUGUUUGAAAGUAUAAGAACUUUUCACUUUUUCUGUAUCUUUUGGUCCCACUUAUGCCAUGGUUCCUGGCAGUCGAGAUACAUUGAUAUUUUAAUUCAUAAUUUAACAGUGUGUUUACGGCCAUCCACAGGCAAACUGCAUAUGUGAUGCUUGAACUUCCUUGGGUAUUGGUGAUACAGUUUUCUGGUGAAUGAUAAGACACUUUUCCUGUGUCAUUGGCAGGCAGACUGCAAACAUGUAGCUCUUGCUGUGAACAGCCUUUAGGAUAGAUUAGUUGUGGCAGUCUAAUAUUAUCGAGGGUAAAUGAAAAUGAUAUAACAUACAUCUAUGCUCUAGCAACUAAACCUGCGCGUUAUUCAUGCUAUAGAUUGUACAGAGCAUUUCCAUAACACAUCAGAGAAUAUAUAAAAUAAGGAAAAUAUCAGUGAACAUAUGUAUACUGUAUUAGAGUGUUGUCUUGUUGUGCACAGUACUUUUUAGAUGUAUCCUAGAUAGAAAGGCAGACAGUAUGAAAUUGUGUAGUUCAUAAAAUGCUGUAGGAUGUACAUCAGUCCUGUCCUUGACCCAUGAUCAAAUGUCUGAACAUGUAUAUUCUUUGUGGAGUAUUUGACAAUGCCAGUUAUCGAAUCAAGACCUGUAGUAAUUCAGUGUAGGAGCAAAAAGGAUGAUUUAUUUAUUUAUUUGAUUGGUGUUUUAAGCCGUACUCAAGAAUAUUUCACUUAUAUGACAGCGGCCAGCAUUGUGGUGGGUGGAAACCGGGCACAGCCCGGGGGAAACACAUGACCAUCCGCAGGUUGCUGACAGACCUUCCCACGUAUGGCCGGAGAAGAAGCCAGCAUGAGCUGGACUUGAACUCACAGCGACUGCAUUGGUGAGAGACUUCUCGGUCAUUACGCUGCGCUAGCGUGCUAACCAACUGAGCCACAGAGGCCCCUGCAAAGAGGAUGACAAGCUUGCUUUACAGGUGUACCUUCACGACUAGGAUGAGUUGCACUUUCGCCUAAUAGUAUGUGGUUUCACUUAUUUGAUUGAUUUUAAACACCAUACUCCAAAAUGUCUCACUUAUGACAGCAUGGGAGUGGACAUGGCUGAGUGGUUUAUAUAUUUGCCUUUCAUCCACUUGAACACACAAGGUGAACAUUUGUAACCUGAACAGGGAAUUUGGGGACUUCCCUGCUCUCACGGUUUCCAAAAGUUGCAGAUAUUUCCAUGUAAACACACUGAAUCAAAAGGUUAUCUGCAAGAUUUGCAUCUCUGUAUGUUGACAAUGAACUCCCAAUCAAACGAGAAAUUUGGUACAAUAUAACAUGAUGCAGAAUGCUUCGGACCAAGUCUUAUUAUAUGGACCUGUCGAUAUCCAUAACAAAGUACUGUAUAUGCACCAGAACAGUUUUGAUUCCUGAUAAAGCUAUAUGGCCAGCAGCAUUGUGUAUUAUUUGUUAAAUAGUCGUGUUGAUGUGAAUCUGGAAGUUUAUGGUGAAGGAUACAUUAAGGCAGAGGUCUCUUAAUCCUAGGAUGAACUGUACAAACUAGUUCUACCCGUACGUGCAAAGAGAGCAAUGCAUGCACUGUGAGGAGUAUGGAUUUGCCUCUGAAAAUUGCUGUCACUGAUUUCUUCUUUUUUUAUUUGAUUGGAGUUUUGGGCUGACCUAAGAAAUAUUUGAUUUGUACAACAGUAGCUGUAGAAACGUGCUCUGUAAGUAGUAGGGAUGUCUAGCCAUAUAUCACAGGUGUUGAAAGAGUGAUCACUGAAAUCUGUGAAGACGAUGGUUUGGGCAGAGAAAGAAGGAAAAACAAAAAACGAAGGAAAUUAAAACGUUUCAAAAGUCAGGUGUGGAGGAAGAGGAAACCAGAGUCCCUGGAAUAAACUUUAGCCUUUUCAUUUUAUUGAUUUGAUUAUUUGACUUAUACAGCAGCUGCAAGCAUUGUGGUCGGAGAAGCCAGACAGAGCCCAUGG